AUGGACGCUGCCGUGAGCUCAACUUGCGGCUCGCGCUCCGACACAACUUGGAACACUUACGUCGCCACAGGCCAUGUCCUUGCCACUUCAGAGAUGACCUCGUAUCAGUCGUCACCAGAUGUCUCCAUGGCGCUCGCCGGGGGCCGCGACGUCAGCUCGCACCUCGACCCUUUUACCUGGGAUUCCUAUCCGCCGCCAAGAGCAUCGAUACAAGUCAUCCGCGCAGACUAUCUGACAUAUCUAGCCACCGAGCUCCCCCGAUGGACACAGACGGGUCUCUGGGGUGCCAAGGCCACUGCACCGCAGUCUACGGGCAACAACAGCAACAGCGGCGGCAGCAGCAGCAGCCAGUUCCGCGACCUCGAGCGCGCGUACUCGGCCAUCUGCAUGCUGGACCGCUUCAUACUGGACAGUGUUCGUGUGUUGGCGGAUAAUUUGUGCAGUGGUGGUGUCUUUACGCAGCGUGAGGCAGAUCAACUCCUCGCCAGACUGCGCGCUGGAUGA